CACGGCUGAAAAACCGGUUCAGUCUAAACGCGUGUGGAAGUAAACACGAAAGUUGCAUGUCUGUACCCAUCCCUCGGAAUACAAUUGAUUUUUCAACCUCUUCUACCUUUGGUGACUCAUAGAAGUCUUAGAAGUAGGUUUAGAUAUACAAAGCGAUUGUUUUAUUGGUUCGAACAGUUUCUUGUAGACUUUGUAUCGGAAAAUCGCAGUUACUGGUAAAAAUGGCUGGUGUGUUGUUCGAAGAUAUUUUCGACGUAAAAGACAUCGAUCAGGAUGGGAAAAAAUUCGACAGAGUGUCUCGCCUGUUCUGUGAGAGCGAGUCCUUCAAGAUGGACCUCAUCCUGGACGUGAACACGCUCAUCUACCCCGUGGAGCUGG